GCUCUGCAAUCUAUCUUACGGCUCCUUAGCGGCGACGGUAUAGACGUGAAGAGGUUCGGCGUUCGAUGCUCCCCACCCUAUCCCGCUAUACCCCCCUCUACCCCUAUCCUCACAAGUAGGUCUUGAUUUCUGCCUCCUCACCCUUUCGUUAGAAUCGUUCUCCGACUUUCUGCGUGGAGUCUCUGCAUGCUCGCAGUCUAGUUCGGAGGGUUAUGAAGUUGAUAUUUGUGAAUUGGGUUUGAAUAUACAGUUUUUUCUGAGCGCCUGGUUGUGAGAAUGUUUCGGGGAGAGUUCAUGUGGACAGUUUAGCGGUACAGGGGGUGGUUAGGGUUUCAGUUAGGGGGAUCCAUGGCUUUGGUUAGUGUGGACGGAGGAGCUGGAGUUGUUGAGGCUGAGGCUGCUUCAACGGCGACGAGGAACAGGAAGGGGAUGUUAUACGUUGCGGCAGAAGAGACUCAACUGUGCCGAUCGUAUCUUCAUGUCUUACAAGACUCUGGAGUAGAGAACAAGCAGAAAGCGGGUAGUUUCUGGCAUAGGGUGCAGGUUCAUUACAAUUGCAAUCGACCCCAGGGCUGUGGCGAGAGACCCGCGAGGUCGUUGGAGACGAAAUGGGGGAUGAUUAAGCAUGAUGUGGCGAAAUUCAUUGAGAAUUAUGGGGCUGUGCGCGCAGAGGCUGAGUCAGGAACAUCUUCAGAGGAAAUGCUUCAGAAGGCUCUCGAGUUGUACAGGUCGAGGCACCCCAGUAAUCAGUCUUUCACAUUUAUACACUGCUGGCUUGUUUUGAAAGACGCUCCUCGAUGGAAAGACGCGCGCGAGGAUGUGAGGAAGACGCCGCCCGUGAAACGCAAAAAUCCUGGUGCCUCCACUGAUCUCGACAAGGGUGAGGUAGAGAUGAUAGACGCCAUGCGCGAGGAAAUACGCGAUGACGUGUUGAAGAAGCCCCUGCCCAUGAAGCGCAAGAGCGAGGUAGAGAUGAUAAAUGCUAUCAAGGCCCAAGCGCGGGCGACAGCAGACAUGGCCGCAGCGACGAGGAUGAAAAUCGCCAUCCUCGAGGAACAGAACGUGAUGGCGCUGUUCACUGUUCCGGAGGAGCAGCUCGUUUCUGAGGAGGCCCGAGAAUACUUCAAGCUGCGAAGGGGCGAAGAACUGCGGAAGCUGCGAGCUCGUUUGGAAGUAACCAGCAUGGCACCUGUCUCAACGGAGGCACAUGAAACUUCCCGGAACUGCUGCGCCAGAAAUAAUAUCACAACGGAGUUUUGAUUGAUCUCCACAGAAGUUCAUCAUGGCAUCUUGGUCUGGGAUUUUAAUGCGUGGACUAGCAGACGGCAUGGCAUGCUGGGAAUUCGACAGAAGCUCUCCAGCAUUCAAUCUGCUAUUUGUUCCUAUUCACCAGCUUUCACUGCUUUAGACGAAGCAGAGCAUAAUUUGCCAUGCAUCAAGACAGAAAUAUUAACAAAAUGAGUCUGCUAAGGUCCCAGACAGGGUACGUCUUAGGCAUUGAAGAAGGUGGAGCAUCUCACGGUUUGCAAAGUCACUGGAGGCUUAACAGGGUGCGAGAUGGGAGGAUACCUUUUCCCAAUAGCUGAGUAUCGUUCUAAACUCACUAAGCGUUUGAAGCGUGGUGAAAGAUUUAAGCCUGUUAUGCUUGCUAACACAACCAUAUAUUAGCAAUUUUUUAAGUCUAGCCUGCUUAUGUGAGCACAUCCUAUGCCCUUUUUGUAUCUGUUCUAAAGCAAUGAGUCUUAUGCAAACAGCUCAAUUUGUAUCCAUGCUCGUCAUGCUAGACUAUACCAGGUGAAUUUAUUGAGUCAUAUGUUGUGAGAGCCACUCUCCGUCACAUGUGAACCAGAGAUGGUUCAGGAGGUAUAAAACAGCAGUACUGGGUUUAUUGAAUAAGUUAACCUGCCAGUGAUACUUUUUGUCUCUUGGAGAUAUGUUCCAAGUGUUAAACGUGGUGAUCAAUCUUCUUUUAUUCCUAGCUGUUGCUACAUGUUUGUUUGUGAAGCAUGGAAUAUUUAUUCCAAAGCUUCAGAACUUCAUGAAAUUUUUACCUA